AAGAGCGCUCUUCCUCUAAAAAGCAAGCAGGAAAAGAGCGUUUUUCUAUAGAAAAUCAAGAGAAAGAAGAGAACAGUUCUUCUAAGAAUUGGGAGGNUAAACAAAGUCCAUCUUCAAGCAAGCAAGAGGUAAACAAGAGUAGUUAUUUGCAUACAGAGGGCAAAGAAAGUUUGUCUUCAAGUAAGCGAAAUGAGGGGAAAGAGCAAAGUUUCUCUGGUGUGCCAAAAGGCAAACUUGCACAGGGUCUUGAAGACAUAGUCAAGGAAGUUCCAAUAACAGAAAGCAUGGGCUUUUUCAAAGAAGAUAAUAACGUGAAUGUAACAAGUGCAUCUCUGAACUCUGGUUUUGAAUCAGUGAAAUAUGUAGAGGACUUCAUUUUAUUCCCUGCUUCAAAUGAUGCAGACAAAUUGAAUGUUGAUGAAACAUCUCCAUCUGAAACUCCGACAACUUUGAACUUUACAGUUCGGAAUUUUGAGGCACCAGCCUCUUUUCAAAUCAGCCAGGAUGAGAGCAACAAUGACUUAUCCUUAUCUGUGGAUNCUGCAAUCUUCACUAAUGAAAUAGAGUUUCGGAAGUUUGUUGCUAGAGAGCUACUCAAACUAAGACUCGCAGUAAGACGGCCAAGAGAACUCAAUACUACCUUGGUGCAUCAAGGAUCUGACUGCAUACCAGAUGAGAUUGAAGAAAUGAAGUCUUCAGUCGCUGAUCUCAUACAAUGAAACUCAAAAUUACUUAAAGACAAUGUCUAUUAUGUCAAGAAUGUCAAAGAAAUGGCUCGUAUCGGCGGCCACACUGUUGACAAAGUUGUCAAAAACAUACUCACUCAGUACAUACAUUGUUCAGUGGGAUGUUUGUUUAGUUGGGAGGGAGCCAAAAAGAAAAUGAAAUUUAAGGAGCUAAAAGGUGUCAUCAGGGCUCUUGAAGCUUCUGUUCGUUCUACCAAAGUACGGAACACUUUCCCUUAUGUUGAUGCUUCUAAUGCAGACAUUCAAAAAUCAACAUGUGAUUGGCUGCGUCAACAGAUAACAAAAUCUAAGAGAGUUAUGGAAUCAGAAGAACAGAGCGACAGUGAUAAUCACUCAAGCGGUGAUAAUGAUUAUGCUAACAGUGGGNAUGAUGAAGGCUCAGGUGAAAGUGAUGUAUCUUUAUCUGAAGAGGAUUAUAAUUAGCUGUAGAAUCAUACAGCAGGUUGCUGCUGAGUAAUCUUUAUGAUUAUUUGAUUUUUAUAUCUCAUAUAUAUCAUACAUAUUUUUGUAUCUUAAAUACACUCAGGUUGCUGCUGAGUAGUGAGCAUUUUAUUUUAAUGAUUAUUUGAUUUUUAUAUCUUAAAUGUACUCAGCAGGUUAUUGCUAAGUAGCUAGCAGUUUUUAAAUGAUUAUUUGAUUUUUACUGUAUCUCAGAUACACUCCAGUUGUAGCUGCUGCAACUUAAAAACACACUUAAUUGUAUUUUCACUCUAAAACNUACUAUGUUGCAUUUGAACCUGAAUGCAACUGAAUAGGCUUCAGAAUAGCAUGAUCAACUGAGUGAAUUUUGAANCCACAAAGGCAACUGGAGUGCAUUUCAUAUGUAGGAGUAUUGUGUUUGAGUCUCUACUGUGCAAUUUAUUACGUUGCAAUUNAUUUUAUUUCUUAAGUGAUCUCAACUNGUACCUGUAUGUAAACUAAGUUGUUUAAUGUGUUCCUUGANAAGUUAUCAUUAGCAACAUGUCUGCAGUGGUGGAUCCAAUAUGGGUAAAAAUGUUACCAUAAUUUUAAAUUUUGCUANACUGCAUUUUGUGAAUAAAAUGUCGUUUUAUCUCAGUAUUUUAACACUUUUNAUGAAUUAUUUCCUAGAGCUAAGUAUCAUGUCAUNACAUAAUGCAGGUNUAUCUGAAACUAAAUAUCACUAUCAAAUGCACAAGAUAUUUCUGGAAUGUUUGAUUAUAUGUCCUAUACAUAUUGCAUCCUGAGUAUGAUAUACAUAAACGUUCCGUAAAAGGCAAUUUUUGGCGAUCAUAGGGUACAUAUACCAAAGUGUACCAAACUAUAAUUUGAAGUCACUCGUACUAUAUACCGAUCAACCAGAUAUCAUUUUUAAAACUUUUGCAAGAGAGAUAUCUUUUGCAUGUUUUUGAUGUGGACAUUAGCAGUCUCAGGCAUAUCCCUGAGAUAUCAUUUGAAUAUCAUUACACGUUCGAAAUUGUCUCAACGAGAUAUCUUUUGCACAUUCAAAGUCUCUGUGAGAUAUCUUCAAGACAUCUUAAAUACAUCAUUGUGCCGUCUGGGUUAACAGUCAAAAAACUUUUUUUCAAAUAUAAUACGUGUCUUCCGAGCUCAGCGCCAGUAGAACGCCUUUUUCGUAUAGAGGAUUAAUUAUGAGACCUCACAGAAGGAAAAUAGGGGAUUCUCUUUUUGAAAAACGUGUUCUUUUAAAAGCAUCACGUUCUACUUCUAAAGAGCAAAAUGUCAUUUUAAAAGAACAACUGAAUGUCUUGAAACGAUGGAAGCAAAUAUCUUUUUUAAGU